AUGAACUUCACUCUUAAUGCCACCAUCACUCCCCAGCUGGGCCUGAGCCUGAGCCCAGGGGCUGGAGAUGGAGAGUCCCAAGGGGGUGGUGGUGGUGGUUCUGGAGGCAGUGGAGGCUUGUGGGUGACGUCCCUGCUUGGCGCCACACUGAUGAUCAUGUGUGCCAUGGGUGUGGCUGGCAACACAUACACGCUCAUCAUCACGCGCUCGGCCGCAUUGCGACGGACGGGUUCUAUGUACGUCUACAUCGUUAACCUGGCGCUGGCUGACCUGCUCUACCUCUCCACCAUCCCCUUCGUCGUCUGCACCUACUUCGCCCACGAUUGGCUGUUCGGCGAAGCCGGCUGUCGCAUCCUGCUGAGUCUCGACCUCCUCACCAUGCACGCAAGUGUCUUCAUUUUGGUUGCAAUGAGCCUGGAACGCUACCGCGCCGUCGCCAGGCCCUUCAGCGCUCACAGGUCCUCAUCCCGCAACCGAAGGCUGGCCGCAGGGAUUAUCUGGGGGUUGGCGUUCGUGCUGACGCUUCCCAUGAUGGUGAUGAUUCGACUCAGGGAGGGCAAACCCACUGUGGCUGGUUUGGUUAAGAGAAUCUGCUUCCCAACCUGGACCCAGGAGGCCUUCAAGGCUUAUAUCACUGUGCUGUUUUUCACGAGCGUUUUAGUCCCUGGAUUGGUAAUCGUUGGGUUGUAUGCAGGGCUAGCCAGGCGCUACUGGGCAGCGCAGGCGAGCUUAGGAGGUAGCAGCCGCUCUGUUCGGAGGAGAGGACUCAAACAAAAAGUUGUAUCGAUGAUCUUUAGUAUUGUAGUCGCUUACUGGGCGUGUUUCUUACCUUUUUGGGGAUGGCAGCUAGCCAAACUCUUCUCUCCAGAGUCCCUCAGGGCUUUGUCUCCAGCCGCUCACAAUUAUGUCAAUUUCUUUGUAACAUGUCUGACCUACGGGAACAGCUGCAUCAAUCCAUUUCUUUACACUCUACUGACCCGGAACUAUAAAGACUACUUGGCCCAGAAAGGUCAGUCUGUUGGGUCAAGCAGGGCUGAUCCUGGGUCAGUUGUGACGACGCCACUGCAGGAACUUUAG